UCAUAGACGCGCCGGCCGGCCGGCCAGUCGGUAACACCGUGACAAUACGACAAGUCGCACUCACGAACAACAAAAAUGUGCUGCGCGCAAUUUGUAACGAACUUCGAAUUUUAAAAUACGAUUUUGACAGUUAACAAUUUGACUAUUAUUGUAAAAUUGUAAAUAAAUAACUUGUGAAAACUGGAUUGUUUACAGUGAAUUUAGUGAUGAAUUUAUGUUAUAAGAGUGUAGUGGAAAGUGUUAUCCUGUGCGAUGUUGUGGUAAGGCGAUGCUUGUAGGAGAACAGUCGCCGGCACCACGGGUGGUGGCCGGGCUAAGAAAACUUCGACCUGAACUCACUCCUGGACCUAUUCCUACGCCUGUAGAUCCUGACUUUAGGAUAUCAGGCGUCCUCCGCCAGUAUUACAAUGACGACACAGAAUCCUGGGCUUGGGUGCGGGCAGCCGUCCGUAGUGGUUGCCUGCUGGCGUGGCGGGACGGUACCCUGCCCCGACGAGCUGCAGCGAGACUGCCCCUCAGAGACCUGCACCUGCGAACUGCCCACACCUUGCCCAACGCCUUCCAGCUGUCCCGGCUCAGAGACGACUCUGCCGUCGCCACGUUUCAGACUUGCAAUGCGGCGGAAUACGCGAGAUGGGUGCGAGCGCUCUGCGUCGAGAUCCUCGGUCAGACGCCGCUGCCGCAAGUCCGGUUUCUGGACGUGCUACCCGCCGCGGACACCGCCAGUCGGGAACCAAAGAAAGAGGCUCCUCAACAGGAGACACCCUCUUGCCCACCUAAACCGCCCCCGCGAGCUCGUCGAAGGUUAUUGACCUCCACGGAGACGCAGCUAACGCGCAGGGACCACUCCCCCGCCGCCACGGAUGAGGGCAUCGUCGUCGAAGACGACGACUACGACUCAUCGUCCGAUCGCAGCUUAGACCUGACCCUCUCCCUCGACGCCUUGAAAACCACAGACGUGGUAGAUGCGCCAGUACGGAAAGCAGAGGUCAUCAAAUGUGACAGCUGUAGCAAGCUGAACGCGGGCACGCAACAGCACCACACACUGCCACGCGCUGCGCGAUCCGAAUCGGAGCAAGGACGCCGCUACUUGAAGAGAUGGGAGGGCACGGCGGGAGGCGCCGAGCGGGGUCGGUUUGCCAUGGAGGCGGCUAGACGAAAGACAUCGUCGCUGGAGCAUCGGGCAAGGUCCUGCUCCCCGAAUGUCCAUGAAGCUAUUGCGCAAUAUGUCCCGGUGAGGGAGCGACGCGCAUUAUUUGAGUCAUUGUCGCGGACCAGUGGAGGGCUGGCUCGCAGCAGCGAGCAGCUGGCUCGGAUCGAGCGAUCCCCGGAGACGACGCCGCGACGGGCGGCGUCGCUGCACGACCUGCAGGCGCCGCCGACGCGGUCGGUAUCGGACCUGCGGCAGUUCUUCGAGGCGGUGGCGCGCGGCGCGGGCGCGGCCGGCGCGUGCGCUCAGCGGCACAGCGCGCCACACUACGCGCCGCGCGCCUUCACCUCGCUCACGUGUGCUUGACGCAUACUCUGUUGUAAAUACUGUAGAUAGAACCGGCGUUGACCGCUAUCUCACUAAGUCGUUUGUUUUAAGACUGUUAAAAGUAUUGUUAUAGAAGUACCUAAUAUAAAUAAAAUGAAAUGUAUUGUCUAUUAUA